AUGAAGACUUUCUCGAUUUCACUACUUUGCUUAGGCCUGGUUCGCAAUGGUCUUGGACGCCCAACUAAGGAAUGCCCCAUUCUUGGGCCAGUCCUUCCAUCGGGCUUUGACCUCUCCAAGUUCAAAGUCAUUCAGGAAGCAAAGUCCAGCUUCCCAGCGAUAAUCGAAUCCCUCCUAUCGUCUGGCACCAUCAACGAAACACACACAUCCUUCGCAAUCAACGUCUUCUCUACAGCCACCAAUGAGUCUCUUUACUCUUACUACCACGCUGCGGAAGCCCUUGAUGAUACUCUCUCCACUGGUAAGCUUGACGACGAUACUAUCUUCCGUGUUGGUAGUGUAUCCAAGCUUUACACGGCCUACGCUCUCCUUGCCAAUUCCGGUUUCGACGUCGUGAACCUUCCUGUGACUAUGAUCCUACCCGAGUUGGCGGGUAAUAAUAGGAGCGAACCUACCGAGAAGAUUAUCUGGGAGGAUGUCACUAUCGGUGCUCUACUCUCACACCAAGCUGGAUCUGGAGGAGCUCCCCUUGAGAUUGCUAUAUGUGCAAACGAUACUCUACCAGGAUGUGGAUUUGAGGAUUUCCUCACUUACAUGAAGGAAAAGAAGCGCCCUGUAGUCCUCCCUUAUCAAGUCCCAGUCUAUUCCGAUGGUGGCUUUGCAAUGCUUGGAGGAGUAUUACAGCGUCUGACUGGACUGUCCUACAACGACGCUCUUAAGAAACUCCUUGGCAAGCCUCUGGGGCUCAACAGUUCGACGUCGAUCGAACCAAUGGGCAAGGACCGUAAUGUUUUAGCCAUUCCAGGGCCUCCAGAGGUGUCAUCAUGGGGUCAGGACAAGCAGGUAAUUGCUGGAACUGGCGGUGUCUACUCCAGCGGUUCCGAUCUACGAAAAAUCGGCCUCUCCAUUUUGAACAACGAGAUUCUGACGCCUGUUGAAACCCGUCGCUGGAUGAAACCCCAAGGCAAUACUGCAUCUCUCACCUCCAGUGUUGGCGCCCCUUGGGAGAUUAAUCGACUUACCCUUCCAGUAUCUCCCAAGUCCAACAGAACUCGCAUUUCCGAUCUCUACACUAAACUUGGUGGUAACGCCGGUUAUGCCGCUGUGAUCGCCCUUUCACCAGACCACGGCAUUGGCUUUUCUGUACUCACUGCGGGUGUCGGUGCUGUUGGUGCACGGAUUCCUCUUCGCAACGCUGUUGGUACCGUGUUCAUUACUGCCGCUGAACUUGCAGGGUGGGACAAUGCGAAGAAGACGUACCCUGGGACCUUUGUCGACAAGACGAGAAAUGGAUCAAACCUUACCAUCACCGUCGAUGAGGGUCAGCCUGGACUUGGUUUGGAGUCAUUCUUCAUCAAUGGCUCAGAAUGGCGGGCAAACUUGACGGCUCCCGCCUCUGAUCCAAUUUAUGGAGACGAUAUUACUGUUCGUCUCUAUCCUAUGGGCGCAAAGUCUGUUUCUGGCUCAACGCAGCUUAUUUCAUACCGCGCGGUUCCUCAACUGAAACCUAUUGGGCCUCGGUCUGCAGUUGAGGGUGGAGAAGGCCUGUUUGACGAUGGUUGUACAUCAUGGCAGGAAGUCGGAUUUUGGGGUGAUGGCGAUGAUUUUACUUUCAAAGUGGUGGACGGCGAGGUUGUUAGUGUUACUAACUUGGCCCUGGUUGACUUGCAGAGAGCGGAAUACACUCGGGUUUCAGGGGAGGAGGAACAGUGA